AUGAUUGCCAUCCGAGACACGGAGGCGACGCUCUUCACGGUUGGUAGGGAUGUCGCGCUGCCGCGCAGCUGGCCCGUAAAGGAGGACCAGAUCGUGGCCAGCAGCGGCGGCAAUAGUAGUGGUGCGAAACCCCCUGUGGUGCCAGUUAGUUCGUGGAAAGAGAAAGGAAGCAACAUGGCGGGUGAGAAGCUGACGCUAUUGCAGAGCAAUGGACGUGAGAAAUGUGCCGGUAGCUUGAAAGAUGGCCUUAGAGCGCCGGUGCGCGUGAACGUUCCGCUAGCGUCAUCACCUCUCUGCGAGCGAAAGCGGGGGAAGGCAGUUGUCUUCCGGGGAUAG